AUGUUGACUCGAGUAGCUGGUAAACCUGGGCAUGACUCAUAUGUCAACGCGCUCGUCGUCUCCUCAGAUGGGCGGUGGGUAGCGACGGCCUCCGGCGAUUCCACGAUCAUCCUGUGGGACGCCCGGAAUGCGUGCAUAUCGCAAGAGUGGUUCGCCCACGACAACCGAAAGGUCUGGAACCUCGCAUUCUCACCGAACGGUCAACAACUCGCGUCCGCAGGUGGAGAUGGGAAGGUGGUCAUAUGGGACAUCAGUGGCAGCUCGCAACAAGUCGCCACGCUCACGGCCCAACGUCGCGCCAGUCGUACCCGUCGCACUUCCAUGUUCCGAGAAUUCGCGUGGUCCAGUGACGGUGACUACAUCGCAUUCCGAGACCACAACUACACUAUGCAACUAUGGGAUGGACGAACAUUCCAGCUGCUCGACAGACUCAAGCACACGCCUGUCGAGCCCGUGUUCUCCCCUGACAGCCGCUGGCUUCUGGUUUACGGCUGGGACAGUCUUUUCGCUUGGAAUGUGGCGUCUGGCGCAUGCCUGACACUCCAAUCCCAAGAUGACAAGCACGGCAUUCCCCUCAGAGCCGCGUUCACUCGCUUGAGUACGCACAUCGCUGUUGGAUAUGGAGACGGGAAGGUCCGCGUUUGGGACUUUACGACUAGACAGGAGCCUCUGCUCUGGAAUGCGCACGAUGAUAAGGUCAUGGUUCUGGUGUUUUCCCCGGACGAUCUGCUGCUGCUCUCGGCCUCGACAGACGAGACGAUGAAGAUGUGGAAUGCGCGCACUGGUGCCAUGGUCCAGUCGUUCGAAGGACACGAGUCAAUGGUCAACAUGGCGCGCUUCUCCCCAUGUGGGAAGUUUGUCGCCUCUGCGUCUUGUGACAAGACGGUGAGGGUAUGGAGGGCGAACAAUGGAACGUGCUUGGCGACGCUCUCCGACCACGGUGACGAGGUCACGCAUGUUGCGUUUACUCCCGACGGGACAAUGUUGUGGUCUGCUGCAGAUGAUGGAACGGUCUUGGGUCGUCGGCUACAGGACAUCAUUCCGGAUGACUUCAUACCAUAG